AUUUUGAUAUAUAAAAUGAUGCGUCCAGGUCUGGGGGUUGGAGUAUUUAUAAAGAAUGGAGAUUCUGUAUUGAUGAGUUAUCGUAAAGUAAUUUUAAAUGAUAAAUGAUAAGGAUAAUGGAUAUUUAGCAUUACCUGGAGGACAUCUUGAAUUAUAUGAAGAAUUUGAAGAUUGUGCAAUAAGAGAAGUAAAGGAAGAGACUAAUUUGGAUAUCGAGAAUCCACAAAUAUUUUAGAUGGUCAAUGUUGUAAAAAAAGAAAUAGACCAUCAUUUUGUUGUAGUGUUCUUAACUGCAGAUUAUAAUGAAAAAAGUUAAUUGAUGAAUGUAGAACCUAAUAAACAUAAUGAUUGGAAAUGGAUCAAUGCUUAGAGUUUUUAGUAACAUUAUAAUUAAAAACAAUUAUUUUUUGGGUUAAUGAAAUUGGUUGAUAGAUUUGGUAAUGCAGAAACAUUGUUUAAUUUAAUAUUUAAUAAAUGA